UCAGACUACAGUCUAUGGUCAAUGUCGUAGAUACACAUCACGAUAUUGGAGAAAAAGUUCGAAAUUUUUAAUUUUAUGCAGUCAAAAAUAGCACAGGAAGCAAUACAGAAGUUUGUUUUUAGUACAUAAACAAAUAUGGCAUUAACAGUGGACAAAUUGAUAAACGAAGAAAGAUUUAGCGGUGACAAUGCCAUCCAGUUCCUUCUAUACCUGCCUUUUGGUGUAUGCCUGUUGGUGUUCAGAAUAUUCUUGGCUUUGAUACUAUGGGUGGCAUCAAUAAUACUGCCAAAUAAGUCAGCAGUCAGGCAAAUGUUAUCAACGCUGGCCUGUUGGACAUUUGGUGUGUAUGUAAAAGUAAAGGGUACUCGCGACCCCCGUUGUAGUGUGAUGGUGGCCAACUACGUGUCGUGUUUGGACUCCCUCGCCGCUUCCCAUGUGCUUGGUACCAUAAGCCUCAGAAAAUGGAAAGUGCCACCGUUUUUUGCCUCAACUCUUGGCAUAAGGAACGCAGCACAGUUUGUUAGAAAGCAACACUUUGCUGAGUGUCCCAGCAAGCCAGUGCUGUUACAGCCAGAGGGUGGGCCCACCAAUGGUAGAGGACUCCUCAAGUUCACUGACUGGCCCUUCCCAGUCGGGAAUAGGGUGCAACCUGUAGCUAUAAGGGUAGACCGUAUGUUCACGAACGUGUCAGUCCACCGGGCCGGGCCCAGCGGCCAGUUCCCGUGGUCGGACGCGCUGUGGUUCCUGGCGAGCCCCGUCACGGUGUUCACGCUGCGCCUGCUGCCGCCGCUGCGGGACACGGACGACGACGGGGACAUGCCAGAACUCGCCAGGAACGCCAUCGCUGAUGCUUUACAGGUUGAAAAGACAGACUUCAAAUACGAAGAGUUGCGUAUAGUCCGUCGCCGGCCGCGUCCGACGCGCGCGGCGGGGCCUGAGGGGAGCGAGGCCGCGCGCCUGGCGCAGCAGGUCAAGGAAGUGUUGCCCGCCGUGCCCAUGAGGGACAUACUCAGGGACCUGGCAUCAACUCGCAGCGUGGACGUGACGAUAACGAACUUCCUGGAGGGCGUGACCCCGUACACUCCGGAAGCCGCCCCGCGACCCUCGCCCUCCACGUCGUCCCCAGCCCCACGCUACGUGGUGCCCGUCCCCACCGGCAGCUUCCCCAAGAGCGCCAAGGAACGACAGCUCAGCUUCCAAGAACGAAAAGCUCAAAUGAUAGCCGAAGCAAGAAAGAGGUACAUUGAGAAACACGGCCUCAAUGUAGCCCUCAAUAACUGUUGAACUUAAACACGGGUAAUUUGGUUGUUUAUGUUGCUAUUUAACAAAGGUCGAACAAUAGCAGGUCUAUAGUUCGUCGGCCACCGGUGACCUACGGACUGAACAUAAAUUCUUUGUCGGUCAUCGGUGACACACGAACUGAAGGUCUAACGUUCGUCGGUCACCAGCGACGACCUACGCGGCGCUCAAAGGCUUCACAUAUUUGGCUAAUCUUUAACGUGUUUAUCAAACUUUGUGCGGAUAAAAGUGCUUUAUAUACAUUUUGUGCUAUAAGUGCUUAAAAAAAUACUAAGCGUUAAAAAGUGCUUUAAAAAUAAUACGUUUAAGGUUAACCUUUCGAUCGCUAAUAAAGAUCUCGAGCCGCGAAUCUGACAACUUUACUAGUAAUCGUAAAAAUUUACUAAAAUCCCGUCUAAGUAAUAAUGAAUUAAUUCAUUGACUAAUAAUGUGUCAAAUGGUUAUCAACCUUAAUGAUACGUAUAAUAUUUUGAAAAUUAAAAUUUUAUUGACACCAAUUUAAAUAUAAAAUGAUAUAUUUUUGUAGAAAGUUAAACGCACAUAGUACAUAAGGUUCAAGAGAUUACAUUUGUCUUAAAAAGGCUUUGUUAUAGUUCUAGUCUCGGUUUAGUCAUUGACUAACAUACGUCCAAUUACGUCUUUUCAGAAUACCUGAAUGAAUAAACGCUUCAAAUGUUCUUAAUGUAUUUUGAGAAGGCCUGUUAUAUUAUGGAUUUAAAUGAUUUAAAAAGAUGAUUGAACCAUCCGUAUUUAGAUAAAUAUGUUGGUCCCUUUGCUAUUUUAACUUAGCGAGCACUUGAAAAUAAAAAUCAUAUAGAAUAUGUAAAUACGGCCAAAAAGUACUUGCUACAAAGCAGUCGUCGAAGAAAUGAUUAAAAAGAUGAUUAAUAAGAAAAAGAAAGAAUUUACUGUUGUAAUUCUGAACUAUUAAACUGUGAUCUCCAUAGCAUAAACAACUGAAUUACCCACAGACAAGGUCACGAAUCAAUGGGAUUAGUAAGUUAGUUAGUGCCUAAAUGUUCAUUACAUAGUUGAGUUAAUUUUAACUGUACAUCUACAUUACAUUUUAUAAGUUUAAUAAAAUAAACAAUAGAUUUAAAUAUAUAUAUAGUAAAUAUUACGCGGAUUAUUUGUAAUGUAGAUGUGUUCGAGUCCUUCCAUUGUGACGGCGUACUUGUUAGUUGUAUAGUUAAAUAAACGAUGGUCGCAAUAAUCAUUAUUUUGAAUAAACACAAUAAUUGUUUCGAUAUAAUUUUUAUAUUUUUUGUGAUUAAACAUUCAACGUUGGAUUUUUUUCUUUUCUUUCUAUGGCAACACUGUAACAUCGUUCAUUUUCCGCCUUGAAUAUGUUUUAGUUACUAACACAACGCAACAAAUAUCUUUUAUAUUUUGGGGGUAGUUUAUAACAUUUAAGACAGUCUUAUUCCAUUCAUAUUUUGACGCGUUUUGGUUACUUCUUUAAAACAGGUCGCCCUCUUAAACGCAAUAAAUAUGUGACCUUAAAAACCAGUAAUUUUUAAUACUUAACAAAAUGUGUUCACUAUUUAGCAAUACAUAUUACUUUGGGCGGGGCAAUCAUGGUGACUAUAAUAUAUAUAAUUCUCUCAUAUUGUGGAGCUGGCCAAAUCAUUAGACAUUUCGAUUAAGUAUUUUCUUAAAACAUUUUAACCCAGUGGCUUAUACAGUGGUUAAUAAAUUCGUUGACGGUAAAAUGUUCUGCACGCUAAGGUUCAAAAAGUAACUUGUACGAAAAAUAUACUUCUCUUAAUGUCUAGAUUUUAAUAAACUUAGCAAUAAUAUUAAAAAUUUCAAUUGUAAUUUCUUUCGUAACAUCAUUUUAAGACAAAUUAUUAAAUUUAUAUUUUAAAAUCAACUAUUUUGAAAGAAUUGCUUAAUCACUCAAGUUUUAGGAAUUGAAAAUUAGUGAAAUUAAUAAUUAAAUCAAAGAUUCUUUAAUCUAUUUAUUUAUUAUGUAUAAUAAUUUUAAAUAAUGUAUGUCUUUAUAAAAUCACGCCUGAAUGUAAGUUCAAAAUAUACAGAACUGAUUCGAAUUGUGUUCUUGAUGUUAGAUAAUAAAACAGUUUUAGAAAUAAAUGCUAGUUGGUUAAAAACGGUUUAUAAUCAUUUUUAUUGACAAUAGUGGGACCUCUACAAUGGUAGUAGGUACUAUAGAGUGGCGCCCUGUACUCGCUCAAUCUCGAUCACGAUCCGCGAUCAAAAUCCAUGAUUGAUAUUAAGAUUGAGUGUGUACGGGGCGCCAAUGAUUACGCGAAUUAUAGCACUUAUUGUAUGUAUUUUAUUUUUCAUAUUUAAGGAGAUGUUAUUGGAUUCCUAGUAAUUAUAACACUUACUUAAUUUAAUUCUUUCCUUGCCUUUGAUUACUCUUAAUUUAAUUUAUGAAUACUUGAUUGUUUGAAAAAUCGAAGAAUUUGAGCACAUCACCAAAGGGCAGUCGGAAAUAACAUUUAGCGCCGCUGCAGUGCCUAGUACUCUGGCAACAAAAAGAUAAGUUACCUAUUUUUUUUCUACCAAACUGUUAUAAUAUAUUUUAUAAAUGCUUUGUAAAAUUUUAUCUUAUCUCAUCCUUUUUAUCGUUUCUUAGUUAAAAGUGACUAGUUGUAGUUAAUUUGCAUAGAAAUUUGGGUUCCUAAAUGAACUGUCAUUUACAUCACCAUUUGUUUUCUCCUUAAACUCUUUUGGCGCUCCGUACACGUUCAAUCUCGAUCGAAAUCCGAAAACAAAAUCAAUGAUUGCGAUUUGGAUCAAUUGUGAAUAAAGUCAAUUAUUGCGAGUGCGUGAGCAACCUGUAAAUUGAUCGUAGAUCGCGAUCAAGAUUGAUUGUGAAGCAAGCGCAUGCGAAAUAGACGACGGUAUACUGACGGUCAAUCUAUUUCGGUUGAUUAUUCUUGUGAUCGUAGAUCGCAAAUGAGAUUGAGCUUGUACGAGGCGCCUUUACUUACUUUUUAAACAAAUAGUUAUCAUGUAGCAAAUUAUAUUUACAUUUUGUGAAGUUAACGCAUUGAGAAUUGUUUAUCUUAAUUGUUCAUAAGCUUAGUUUGUAUAGACUGCCUCACGGCUCCCUUAGAUAUAGUUUUGAAUAUUAAGUUUGUGAUUAAAUGAAGACGAUGAUUAUUGAAUAAAGUUUUGUUUCAAAAA